GGAAAGGAGGUCAUCGCGCCUGCGUACUAGGAGGUGUGACCCGGGUGGGAAAGCCCUCCGCGUCCGCCAUUUUGGCUGCCUCUGUCGGUCUGUUCAGUUACCACGUGAACCGCCGACGGAGACCCGUAAGGGGGGGGGGAAAGCGGUGGUAGCGUUAAGUGAGAAAGGAAAAAAGACUACGAGGGGAAGGGGUGUCGAGGUUGGGCGACGCGGUGACCCGAGGCCUGGUGGCGGCGGUGGAUCGGGGCAGUCAAGGCUGAAGCAGCCAGGGAACGACGGCGGCGGCGGUCGGACAAGCAGACUGACCGAGCCGGGCGGUGGCGGGAGCAGCGGGAGGAGCCGGAACGAUGCCGGCCGUGAGCCUCCCGCCCAAGGAGAACGCGCUCUUCAAGCGGAUCUUGAGAUGUUAUGAACAUAAGCAGUACCGGAAUGGGUUGAAAUUCUGUAAACAAAUCCUCUCAAAUCCCAAAUUUGCUGAGCAUGGAGAAACCCUGGCUAUGAAAGGAUUAACAUUGAACUGUUUGGGGAAAAAGGAAGAAGCUUAUGAAUUGGUUCGUAGAGGUUUGAGAAAUGACUUGAAGAGUCAUGUGUGUUGGCAUGUUUAUGGCCUUCUCCAGAGGUCAGACAAGAAAUACGAUGAAGCCAUUAAGUGUUACAGAAAUGCGCUAAAAUGGGAUAAAGACAAUCUUCAAAUCUUAAGGGACCUUUCUUUACUACAGAUUCAAAUGCGAGAUCUUGAGGGUUACAGGGAAACGAGAUAUCAAUUACUUCAGCUUCGACCUGCACAAAGAGCAUCAUGGAUUGGUUAUGCUAUUGCUUACCAUUUAUUAGAAGAUUAUGAAAUGGCAGCAAAGAUUUUAGAAGAAUUUAGGAAAACACAACAGACAUCCCCUGAUAAAGUGGAUUAUGAAUAUAGUGAACUCCUUUUAUAUCAGAAUCAAGUUCUUCGGGAAGCAGGUCUCUAUAGAGAAGCUCUGGAACACCUUUGUACCUAUGAAAAGCAGAUUUGUGAUAAACUUGCUGUAGAAGAAACCAAAGGGGAACUUCUGUUGCAGUUAUGUCGUUUGGAAGAUGCAGCUGAUGUUUACAGAGGAUUACAAGAGAGAAAUCCUGAAAACUGGGCCUAUUACAAAGGCUUAGAAAAGGCGCUCAAGCCAGCUAAUAUGUUAGAACGACUAAAAAUUUAUGAGGAAGCCUGGACUAAAUAUCCCAGGGGAUUGGUGCCAAGAAGACUGCCGUUGAACUUUUUAUCUGGUGAGAAGUUUAAAGAAUGUUUGGAUAAAUUCCUUAGGAUGAACUUCAGCAAGGGUUGUCCACCAGUCUUCAAUACUUUGAGGUCUUUAUAUAAAGAUAAAGAAAAGGUGGCAAUCAUAGAAGAAUUAGUAGUAGGCUAUGAAACCUCUCUAAAAAGCUGCCGGUUAUUUAACCCCAAUGAUGAUGGAAAAGAGGAACCACCAACCACAUUACUUUGGGUCCAGUACUACUUGGCACAACAUUAUGACAAAAUUGGUCAGCCAUCUAUUGCUCUGGAAUACAUAAAUACUGCUAUUGAAAGUACACCCACGUUGAUAGAACUCUUUCUUGUAAAAGCUAAAAUCUAUAAGCAUGCUGGGAAUAUUAAAGAAGCUGCAAGGUGGAUGGAUGAGGCCCAGGCCUUGGACACAGCAGACAGAUUUAUCAAUUCCAAGUGUGCAAAGUACAUGCUAAAAGCCAAUCUCAUAAAAGAGGCUGAAGAAAUGUGCUCAAAGUUUACAAGGGAAGGAACAUCAGCAGUGGAGAAUUUGAAUGAAAUGCAGUGCAUGUGGUUCCAGACAGAGUGUGCCCAAGCUUAUAAGGCCAUGAAUAAAUUUGGUGAAGCACUUAAGAAAUGUCAUGAGAUUGAAAGACAUUUUAUAGAAAUCACUGAUGACCAGUUUGACUUUCAUACAUACUGUAUGAGGAAGAUUACCCUUAGAUCAUAUGUGGACUUAUUAAAACUAGAAGAUGUACUUCGACAGCAUCCAUUUUACUUCAAGGCAGCAAGAAUUGCUAUAGAGAUCUAUUUGAAGCUUCAUGACAACCCCCUUACAGAUGAAAAUAAAGAACAUGAAGCUGAUACAGCAAACAUGUCUGACAAAGAGCUAAAGAAGCUACGUAAUAAACAAAGAAGAGCUCAAAAGAAAGCCCAGAUAGAGGAAGAGAAAAAAAAUGCAGAAAAAGAAAAGCAGCAGAGAAAUCAGAAAAAGAAGAAAGAUGAUGAUGAUGAGGAAAUUGGAGGUCCAAAAGAAGAACUUAUCCCUGAGAAACUGGCCAAGGUUGAAACUCCAUUGGAAGAAGCUAUUAAAUUUUUAACUCCGUUGAAGAACUUGGUGAAGAACAAGAUAGAAACUCAUCUUUUUGCCUUUGAGAUUUACUUUAGGAAAGAAAAGUUUCUUUUGAUGCUACAAUCAGUAAAGAGGGCAUUUGCUAUUGAUUCUAGUCAUCCCUGGCUUCAUGAAUGUAUGAUUCGACUCUUUAGUACUGCAGUGUGUGAAAGUAAAGAUUUACCUGAUACAGUUAGGACAGUAUUAAAACAAGAAAUGAAUCGUCUUUUUGGAGCAACGAAUCCAAAGAAUUUUAAUGAAACUUUUCUGAAAAGGAAUUCUGAUUCAUUGCCACAUAGAUUAUCAGCUGCCAAAAUGGUAUAUUAUUUAGAUUCUUCUAGUCAGAAGCGAGCUAUAGAGUUGGCAACAACACUUGAUGAAUCCCUCACUAACAGAAACCUCCAGACAUGUAUGGAGGUAUUAGAAGCCUUGUGUGAUGGUAGCCUGGGAGACUGUAAAGAAGCUGCUGAGGUUUAUAGAGCAAAUUGUCAUAAGCUUUUCCCUUAUGCUUUGGCUUUCAUGCCUCCUGGAUAUGAAGAGGAUAUGAAGAUCACAGUUAAUGGAGAUAGUUCUGCAGAAACUGAAGAACUGGCCAAUGAAAUUUGAACAUCAUUAAACAAGCAAAUGGAAUGACUUUGGACCAUAUCUAGUGUAUAAUAUUUUUGUCACGCACCUGCUGCAUUGCUCUAACUUACACAGAAUGAGAAGAGUAAAUGUUCUUGCCUUCAAAUAGUGUUUUACGUUUUUUAUCCUGCUGAAAAAGUAUAUAUAAAAUAUCUAACAUAUUACAGGAUAUAGGUUCAGUUUCUUAAAAAAUUAAAAGCUGCUAAAAUUGAGGGGUUAAAAAUACCUUAUCCUAUUCCUACCUACCCACCAAUGUUUUUAAACUAAUUUAUAUAAAAUCUGGAGGCUGUUACAGCUAACAAAGCAGGUGUGUGGCAGAAAUAUUACUUUAAAUUUGUCUUGUGAGAUUUUACUAUAUCUCAGACAGCUAAAUGCUGUUUUAGCACUGGAUUCUUUCACUGAGCACAAAGUUGUUGGGGCUUUAGCAUCUGACUGAUUUUGUUACGGGGUUGAUUCUGACCAUAGGAAGUAUGCAAUGUGAAUCACUAUUUACAGAGAAACCUACAACAGAUGCUUGAUGUUGUAGAUGCUGGGACAUAGAUACCAAGCAGAAUUACAAGAAACCUAGAGGGUGUUCAAUACGCUUGUUGUGUUUCCAAAAUUCACUGUACAUGAUCAGUUUGGUGUUCUUGUACCACAGUUUUUAACUGAAGGAACCAGUUGGAACAAUCUCAAUUUUAACUAAAACUUGAAGAACUAAAAUAACAAUGCGAACCUUUCGGCAUUGUUUUGGCCAAACUUGUUAAAACUGUAAUGCAAGAACCAAAUGCACUGUGAUGUGGCACCAACUAAUUAGCAUGAAUUUUUUUCACCCAAGAGUGAAAAAAGAAAAUCUACCAUGGCUUGAAGUUAAAGAGCAGAACUCCUGACUACCAUUCUAUGACUGAUCAAGAGACUAAUAGUUAAAAACCUCAGCAGGCCUUGUUCAUGAUAUGCAGAAAAAAAAAGUGCUGCAGUUUAGAUACCUCUGGAAUUUUUCCACAGUGUCACAGGUUUGUAAUACUUGAAGCCCUACAUUUCUAAGAAUAUAUUUCUUGCUCAGUUGUUUCAGGCAAGCCCAAGACUUUGUAAUUUUUAAAGGGCCCAAGAUUUUUUUUUUUUUUUUCAAUAACAGACCAGCUUCUUUUUCCUGCAGUUACAGAUGUAAUUUCCUUUUUGUUGUCAAACAUAAGGUACCAAAUAUGAUGCAAUAAAUUGUUUUGAAAAACAGUUGUGUGAAUAUUUCAACUAAUACGUGUUGGGCUUCUUUGAAAAUACACAGGUGGAAACAGAGGUGGAAGCCAGAGGCAAGGUAACGUGCUGUAAAGCCAGUGCAGAUGGGAGCUUUUCAGAACGGGCUUAGUGCUGGUGUCAGGGAAAUUCCAUAAUGCAAGCAUAGCACUGUUCCUGCAUUACGAUUUCACUGAAGGCUAGGAUGGCAGCAGGUACUAUGAAUAUAAUUCAUAAUUUGAAAGGAAAACUGAGAACUGCUACUCUGAUUGGGAAAAUGGGCCUUAAAAUGUUAAUCCUAUACACUGAGAACUAGCCAAAGGCUCAGUCUUCUCAUUGCCUCUGCAAGAUCUCAGCAAAUAAGGAGAUUAAGUAAAAUUAAUCGAUUGUAUAUAUAAUUGACCUUUUUGUGGUACUUGUAGUUUAUAGAAAGUAUAUUCUAGAGGGAAUUUUCAGGAGACUUGAUCCUUUUACUGACUGAACAGAUGUGCUAAACUCAACCUUUCAUAGUACAUGACCUGCACUCCGCAUCCCAGUCUAACAAUGUAGUGAUGUAAAGAAAAGUACAAAUUGAAUUCCAGUGCUUUGUUAUGUUUUAUUAACUGGCCCUGUCUCAGGAACAUCUUAACAGAUGGCAAAAAAAAAAAACAAAAACAAAACAAAACCACAAAACACUUUUUUCUCCUGUGAGUGGCAACUGAAGUUCUUAUUGUUAGUAAAGAACACUAGUGCUACCUCUGCCACGAAUGAGGUAUUUGGAGGAGGCACCAGCCAUAUGAUAGGGGGUGUAUGUGUGAAUUAUGUUUUAAGCUCUACUGUAUAUUGAAAUAAAAUUCAUAUAUUUGUCUUGACUGUUCAAAUGAUGUAGAUUGUCUUAGAAUGAAUAUUCCUAAGUACUAAGAACUCUUGAUGCAGAUGCCACCCAUGAGGAGCUAAAUUCCUAACGUGUAUAUUGUACUCCAACCCAAUUUUACUGGAACUAUUAAAUAAAUAUUUUAUUUUCUUUCAGGUUUACUUGAUAGUGGAUACAUUGUCUGGUAUCAGAGGACAUUGACAAGGGUUCAUUUUAUGUCCAGACAUCACCCCUCAAUAUUGUACUGUACUAUCUUGCUCAAGUAGUAUCAACUGGAUCAUCUCACAUUUGCCUCAUUCACUUUAUUCCAAAUGAUACUGUGGGGGAAAACAGGGUUAGAAAAAACAAGUGGGAAAAAAAUGCAGUGAUGUUGUAAUCUAAACAAGUGCCUUAUGUUUAUUGCUAAGAACUGGUGUUAUCAACCCUUUGAGAAGAAAGGGUCCCUUGACUUGUAUUAACAUAGGAAAGUAAAGUUUUUUUUUUUCUUUAUAUUUACUACUCUUGUCAUUUCUCAUUUAAAAACUAAAAUCUGACUAGGUUAGUUGCCUCAGCUUUAAUCAGACAAUUGAGUCAUAACAUUUUCAACAUUUUUCUGUAUUUAUUAUGCACAAGAAUAAAUCGUGAACUAUAAUAGCAUGGCUAAAAGUAGUCCCAAUAUUAGUAAAUAGCUUUUCUGUGGGUUUUAUCAAGCCCUCGUUUUUCAUAACGUUGUUUGCACUCUGGUCUAUUGUUGUAAGAGCUGUGAAGUGAAAGCUGUGAUUGUAAGAGGCCGGAAAAGUGUGGUCUAGCUUACGGUAGGUUGUGACAAGUUCAGGGAAGUCUCUUCUGCAUUAUUUCUAGGAAUAUUUCAGUUGUCAUGUAUAGCAUCUGUUUAAAAAAAAGUUACAAGUGAAGUGUUGGGUUUUCUUACAAGAUACAUACCAGCCUUAAAUUUUGAAAUUAACUCUUAAGAGAAUUUAAAGACUGACCUUUCAGAUGGGAGUAGUCUUCCUGUUCUAGUUUGUGCUCCACCUCUUUUAAGUUACAGGCAAGGUUUCUUGAUACCAUUCUGCUGUCAUCUAAACUUUGCUAAAUCCACUGCCAAACCUAAAUUAAAAACAGACCCAUGAAAUGGCUAUGCUGCCCCUCAGAGGGCUAAAAUCUACGUUUGUUCCAAUUUUGAUGGUUGGAAAUCUCAAAACUUGCAGCAAUAAAACA